AUGAAGUGUGGCAUUUCUCCCUGUUUGUUCCAACUGCGGACAACGUGCACGAGUACGAAGAAGAACUUGGAGUUGGAUAUAACUGCCGAAACAAGCAAAUUAACCUUCAAGUGCGACACGGAUAUCCCGUUCUUUUCCCCGACGAAGGCUUCACAGACUGCGUAUGACGAGUCGUGCACAGGCCUAGUGGAGCUGCCAGCAAAACUUCCGUCUGCCAAGGUGGAAAUCGUCGCUUCGGCCUACACCUUCCGCGUGGAGGAAUUGCCUUCGACCCCUCCAACGGUGUGCUACAAGUGUUCAGCGACUUCUGGCAAGCCUGAGAACGCGCAAGAUGGAGCAUGGUGCGCUGUGAGGAUCAAGGUUGAUGGUUCUGUAUCUGGCGCCGGGGGUACUCCUCCAUCCAGACUUGCCGUCCCCGGGUUCCUGCUCGUUCUUGGCAUUGCCUUCCUUUUGUAG